AUGGCGAUGCUAUCGUCGCCACGCAAGCGGCAGGCGUUGGGCGACUUGAACAGCAACAACUCGCCGCACCACCUUCUACCCGAGCAUGGCGCUCAUGCGACCCAGUCGCCAUGCAAGCCCUCGCGAUCGACAACAUCUCCCGCACCGAGCAGCCCCCGUGCGAUGGCAAAAGCACUCCUGGGGAUCAGUCUUCCUCCGUCCACGCCUCUUCGCGCGAACAGCGCAUGCUUGUCCACGCGCUCAACGCUCCCGCACUCGCCCUCGACGCGCGAGCACGUCUCGAGCGACGCUCCCAGCACACCCACGGCUUCCGCGUGCACAAGCGACGUUGAUGACGAUGACGCUGAAGGCUACUCUGCCGCAGCCACUGAAGAGUCUGACUCGGAACUCUCGACUUCCAACUGCGAGACAUAUUCCAGCACCGAGAGCAACGACCACGAAGGGGCAGCUGCUGCCGUCGAAAGCAUGACACGCCGGCGCAAGCGGCGGAAACCUCUGCCUGUCAUCUUCUUCGGCACGCCUUCCACCGCCGAGCACGAGCGAAGAGUCAAGUACGAAACGAAGCUGCGCGAGAGGCGCUUGCUGCGGAGGGACAGCUUGGAUCUCGCGCGCAGGCGCACGAUGACCGCUGCCGACCUCGAGCGGACCCUACCUCCUGCAGAUUCGAACGAAAGGCAAGCGCACUCGGAACCCGAUUUCAAUGUCCCGUCUUCCUCCGCCUCCAGCGUGCAAGACACCACGGAGAGACCGAGUAGCUCAGCGUACACCACACGGCAGCUGGAAGCGCAAGACACCGACACUGAACCAGAGUCGCCGAGCUUGAGGUCCAGUCGCUUACUUGCACCAGUUUCGCAGAUUCCAUCACCGUCACUGUCCCCGGUGCUUAGCAAAUCUGCUGUAGAAGCCGAGUCUCUCCAACAUGCAGUCGCUGAGCAGGAGGAUCAACGCUCUGCAACAACGACUGCAGGGCUUGCCAGGGACGAACCAAAUGCUGAGAUCUCAAUUUCCGAUCCUGCAGAAGAUACAGGUAGCACGGACCUGAAAGAGGUAGCAUCUGGGAAAAGGUCGUCUGAAAUCUCAGCACCCUCAGAGAAAGCAGCAGCUUUAGCGGCACUGGUGGAAGCACAAGAACCUUCUCGCGAGCUGAAAGCACCUCCAGACCUGCCCAUUUCAAUGCGCGUACUGCAGGCUCGCGCACAGGCCAUAUCAGCAGAUGAAACCAUCACUGACGGGUUCGAUACGACUUUUCAUGAGGGGGCUGCUGCUGCUGCCGGCGACGUGUCUUUCACGCUGCCGCUCGCUCCGCUGAGCCAGGCCGACAGCUCUGUGCACGCAGCAGUCAAUGAGCUGGCGGACAUGCUUGCAAAGUUGCACUCUACUAGCGCAGUCAUCGCCUCACCCUCUUAUGCAGGUGCUGCAGUAGACGAAGUCGAUGCUGAAGAGCAGACAGAAGAGCAGAUUGAGCGUGCAACUUCCCAAUCAGAGGCCGAGGUUGCGGAAGAUGGGAUGGAUGCCCUUGGGGCGCAGGCAGAAAAAUGCGAUCAAAGCGCAGAGAGUAUCGCAGGGAAACGCAGCAAAGUCCAAGGUGCGGACGACGAGAUCGAUCAAGGCUCGCCAGUGGAGAUUUUUGAAUUGGAUCUAGCCCUCGAGUUCGCUAUGGGUCUCGAGGCUGCUGCAACCAAAGAACCUGAGCUCUUUGUCGUGCAGCCAUCGUCCGAUGCUGCUGCGUUGCAGGAUGAAGGGCCAAAAGUAGGGCAUGCCGCUACGCCGCAGCGACUGGCGCCAUCGCUUGCAGCAGCAGCGGACGCCAGCAUCGCGAGCAAUGAGGCAUCACCCGGCGUUGCACUCUCGACAGCGGUGUUUAGCCCGAUCAGCAGGCAUCGGUUGGCUUUGCAGGAUGCCUUCGGACAGUCGCCGUCGAAUGGCAGUGAUUUUGGCGACACCUCGCCUGCAAGACCUCAGCGCAGGAGGUCCGCGCGGCUCAGCGCAAAACUCGAAGAGCUUGGAUGGGAGCAACUGCAGGAACAGCAGCAUAAAAUGAAUGCAAUCGACAAGGAGAACAUGCCUCCGCCAUUGUUGCCAGCAAGCAACAUGCUGCGAGAGAUAGCGUUCGACCCCUUUGCAAGCAGCAGUCCAACGAAGAGCUCGCCGCGCAAACCAGAUCAUCAUUCUCCAGCGAAUCGAGUGCCGCAGUCGCCAUCUAUGGGCACCAUCCUCGGCUCUUGGGCAGACGCCAUGAUCGCAACGCUUUCGCCUUCAAAGCCUUCAUCAUCCUCAUUCAAGGUGUCGUCGUCACCGUCAAAACCUUCAAGCAGCUCGACGACAGUGCUGUCGCAUUCAACCACGAUGCCUUUGAAGUGCUCCAUCCUCUCAGCGUCGCAGGCCGAAGUCGAGGCAGUGUUUAUGCCUUUUGAGGGCCGUCCAGAAAGCCAGUGCCAGGCUCCUACAGACACCUACGAAGCCUCCAUAUCAGAUCCGGCUGAGACCUUACUCUCCUCUACUACCCAGCGCACUUCGGUGCUAAUAGCUCCUGUGAACGACCGGGGCCCUCUGCAAAAGGGUUCAGUCGUUCGACCUGUUCCACGUAUAACACCCAUGGGCGCUUCCAAGUCCUCAGUGCUUCCUCAGAAAUGCGGACUGGUGCGACCAAAGUCGGGCGUGACUCGCAAGCUUCCUCCUUCUGCAAUUCCUACGCCGGUCGCGGCCCCGAUUCGCAAAAUUCCAGCUCCCGCAAAAUGUGUGCGCAGCAAGGUGAUACCGGUGCCAACCACCGUUCCUAGGCCAGCUGCUACGGCCCGUUCGCUGUCGGAGUCGAAUCCGAAAUUGAAGGGUGCUGCAGCUGGGAGACCAGCAGUGGCGGCCACUGCAAGUCGUGAUGUGGCUGCGUCCGAGGUAAAGCUCACGUCAGCGACCUUGGACACUGCAGUGUCAAAAAGCCUAGUUGCAACAGAAGCGCGCGACGCCAAACCCGCUGCGCCGCACACGCUCGCGCCAGCUGCAACACUUUCAUAUCGACCAGCUCCAGCUUCUAUGGCGGCGGCGCUACCGGGCAGUUCCGCUCCAUCCGCUGCCAGUAGUGAUGGGCCGGUCAUGGAGCGUCGGCCUGCCGCCGGGCGUCUUGCCUCAGCCAAGCGCGUGCUGCUCCCCUCCUCCGGGACUCCGUCCGCGUCAGCGCCGCGGCCACCACGACCCGUGCCGGUACCCACAAAUCGUAGGUCUGUCGCGUCGAGUGCAGCAGCCCCAUCUGCAAAGGUCACUCCAAAGCCGACUUCUCCAGUGAAACCGAUCGUCCGUGCAGCCGGUCCCGGGUGGCGGCGAGCCAAUGCGGAGGCUGCUGCUGCUGCUGCCGCUGCUGCUACUAGAGAGACAGCCACUAUUGCACGUAACGAGCCGACCGUUCCUCGUCUCAUGGGUAUCAUUCGGACAGCCGGUGCUAUGCGCGGGCCGUCGCCAACGCCUCGUGGCCCGAGCCCACCAUCAUCGCAAAUGUCAGACAGUCGGUCUCCGCUUAAACAGAGUGCAGCAUCCAACAGGGUCGAUCGCGGGCCGUUCGUACCUCAGCCAGUUUUUUCGCCGACAAAAUUAACGCCAACAUCGAACAGUACCGCAGCGACGGUUGAGAAGGGACAGUUUACUGCUGAAAGCAGGCAGACCAGCUUCACAUCUAGCAAAACGCCUUCCAGUGAUAGCCUUCUGGCUCCUUCCGUAGCCCUCUCAUCAUCGAUGCCGCCGCGAACGGCUCGCGUUCGAAACGCGUCACAAUCACAGUCCGAAGAAGUUUCGAACCGGUCGGCAAAUGCAACUUCGGUUUCAGCACCUGUGGGACUACGCGCUGGUAUCGCACCUGUGAUACCUAUGUCAGCUCCGGAUUUGGCUCGCUUGACGACAAGGAACACUCGCAAGAACGAGGUGUGGGUCGCUCAACUCGAGUAUCGCGAGGUGUACAUCGACGGUGCGAAGCCUCCAAGUCCGUCCGCGAAGAUUCCUCGCAUUGGUGGAGCCGUGAAACUUUCGAAAGCAGACGCUGCGACGGCAAGGGCGAAUCGCGCAAAGAACCGCACCAGUGUUGAGAGCGAGCGGUCACAAGACGACGUCGAAGAGGCGCUACAGCUGAUGCAAGCGAUCAAGGAGCAUCGCCUUGGGGCCGGCGACGCUCAGGUGUACCAGACACCUAUUCGAGGGUACAAAGCAAAAGGGGUCCGUUGGCACAAGGCUCUGUUCGUUGGCCCAUCGGACAAGUACUCUACCGAACCCGGUCUUGAGCUGGGGGAGAGAAAGAUUCUUGCGAAGGACUGUCAGCCUUGCAAGAGCCUGCUGUUGAAAGAGAACUUCUGCAAUUUUGACCGCCACGGCAAUGUCUCUGAAGCAGAGCAUCCACUUUCGCCGCGCCUGAAGAAGACGCGUAUCAUCAUCCAGCAGUUCAAGUAUUCUAUCGAGAGUCCGUCGGAUGACGAAGACGAGUAG